CCAGGGAACCUAUUGCUGCUGCAGCUGCCGGACUGGACUACAAAUAAAUGGCCGCCGGCCUUCUGCACUGAGGACAUGUAUGGUAAAAGUUGAUACAGAGGGCGGUACUGUGGCCGGGAAAGGGGGGGUGAGGCCGGUCACCAGGAAGCAGCCUGUGCCAAUCGCACCUUGCUUACUUUCGGCCUGUGCGUCACCUGUUACAGGCUCCCAGUGUCCGUCGAGAUCAGUAGUGAAGAAGACAUCUGGUGAGUGUGAGACACCCAGCAGCUGACCCCGUGUGUCAGGAGGACUGAGCAGGACCCAGAGCCCCAUCACGGUGCCUCCAUCUCACUCACUGACACAUGAGAGGCACAAUGACCAGAAGAUCCUGGAACUCACCAACAAGAUCAUUCAGCUGCUGACUGGAGAGGAGGGGGAGUAUAUAGAGGAACAGAGGGGUCUGUACAAGGACGUGAUGAUGGAGAAUCACCGGCCCCUCACAUCACUGGAUGGACCCAGUAACAGAGAUACCCCAGAGAGAUGUCCCCGUCCUCUGUAUUCCCAGGAUUGUACAGAGGAGAAUCACAGGACACCACAGGAGGAUCAGGGUGGAGAACUUACUGAUAUGAAGGCAGAAGAUACAGAGGGAGAAGAGACGUAUGUGAGGGGUGAUAAGCAGUGUAAGAAGGAAGAAAUCCCUACAGAUAUCAGCACAGCAGAUGGAAGCACAAGCGGGAAGGCCUCGGAAGGAGAUCUCAUUUUGUCUUCAGAUUGUAAAACAGAAGAACGCUUUACACAAAAUUCUCCAGAAAAAGCCUGCGUUACCCUAACUGUACCUCCAGUGCUUCACAGUGCAGAUACAUCACCUGAUACAUCUAAUCCUGAGGACUGUUCUCCAUAUAAUCCAGAUAUCACUACACAUAGUACAGCUCAUACAGGUGCUGAAUGUUUUACACACAAAUCAGAUCUUGUUAUACAUCAGAGACGUCACACAGGUGAGAAGCCAUUUGUAUGUUCCGAGUGUGGGAAAUGUUUUGCACACAAAUCUGAUCUUGUUAUACAUCAGAGACGUCACACAGGUGAGAAGCCAUUUGUAUGUUCCGAGUGUGGGAAAUGUUUUACACAGAAAUCACAUCUUGUUAUACAUCAGAGACAUCACACAGGUGAGAAGCCAUUUGUAUGUUCCGAGUGUGGGAAAUGUUUUGCACACAAAUCUGAUCUUGUUAUACAUCAGAGACGUCACACAGGUGAGAAGCCAUUUGUAUGUUCCGAGUGUGGGAAAUGUUUUACAUGCAAAUCACAGCUUGUUAAACAUGAGAGACAUCACACGGGUGAGAAACCUUAUCAAUGCUCUGAGUGUGGGAAAUGGUUUGCACGUAAAUCAACUCUUGUUAGACAUGAGAGAAGUCACACAGGUGAGAAGCCAUUUCCAUGCUCUGAGUGUGAGAAGUGUUUUACAGAUAAAUCAGCUCUUGUUAGUCAUCAGAGACAUCACACAGGUGAGAUGCUAUUUCCAUGCUCUGAGUGUGGGAAAUGUUUUACUCUCAAAUCAAACCUUAUUAAACAUCAGAGAAGUCACACAGGUGAGAAACCUUAUCAAUGCUCUGAGUGUGGGAAAUGGUUUGCACAUAAAUCAGCUCUUGUCAUACAUGAGAGAAGUCACACAGGUGAGAAGCCAUUUCCAUGCUCUGAGUGUGAGAAGUGUUUUACAAAUAAAUCAGCUCUUGCUAGACAUCAGAGACGUCACACAGGUGAGAUGCUAUUUCCAUGUUCUGUUUGCAGGAAAUGUUUUACAAAUAAAACAGCUCUUGUUACACAUCAGAGAAGGCACACAGGUGAGAAGCCAUUUCCUUGCUCCGAGUGUGGGAAAUGUUUUACACGGAAAUCAGCUCUUGUUUCACAUCAGAGAAGUCACACAGGUGAGAAGCCAUUUCCAUGCUCAGAGUGUGGGAAAUGUUUUAAAGAGAAAUCAGAUCUUGUUAUACAUGAGAGAAGUCACACUGGUGAGAAACCAUAUCCAUGCCCUGAGUGUUGGAAAUGUUUUGCUUUCAAAUCACAACUUACGAUACAUGAGAGACGUCACACAGGCGUGAAACCAUUUCCAUGCUCUGAGUGUGGGAAAUGUUUCACAAGGAAAUCAAGUCUUAUUCUACAUCAGAGAAUUCACACAGGUGAGAAACCAUUUCCAUGCUCUGUGUGUGAGAAAUGUUUUACUCUCAAAUCACAUCUUGUUAGACAUCUGAGAAGUCACACAGGUGAGAAACCUUAUCAAUGCUGUGAGUGUGGGAAAUGGUUUGCACAUAGAUCACAUCUUGUUAGACAUGAGAGAAGACACACAGCUGUGGAACCAUGCACGCGACUCUUGUGGACCCGACAGUGGACGGGGGAUGCCGACUCAAAGCGGCAUAUGGAGUCAUUGCCGUACAAGGGAGAGGAGGAGUUUGGAAAAGGCCUCUCGGACCUGGUCUCUACUGCUACAGCUGGCUUGCCAGCUCUGCUGGCACACAGAGCAAUUCUUCUGAUAGCUAUCCGAAAAUUGGUAGUGUCCGAGGUCAUUGUUCCAGUUCCGCCUCAUCAGUGGAACAAAGAUUACUAUUCGAACCUUUUUGUGGCGAAGCCGGAUUAUUCGGUACGGCCAAUUCUGAACUUAAAAUCUUUGAACCCUUAUCUCAAGGAGUUCAAAUUCAAGAUGGAGUCUCUGAGAGCUGUCAUCUCAGUACUGACAGUGGGGGAGUUCCUGGUGUUUCUGGACAUCAAGGAUGCACAUCCGGUGAGUGUGAGACACCCAGCAGCCAUCCCCCGUGUGUCCAGAGGACUGAGCAGGACCCAGAGCCCCAUCACGGUGCCUCCACCUCACUCACUGAUAGAUGAGAGGCACAGUGACCAGAAGAUCCUGGAACUCGCCAACAAGAUCAUUCAGCUGCUGACUGGAGAGGAGGGGGAGUAUAUAGAGGAACACAGGGGUCUGUACAAGGACGUGAUGAUGGAGAAUCACCGGCCCCUCACAUCACUGGAUGGUCCUAGCAACAGAGAUACCCCAGAGAGAUGUCCCCGUCCUCUGUAUUCCCUGGACUGUACAGAGGAGAAUCACAGGACACCACAGGAUGAUCAGGGUGGAGAACUUACUGAUAAUAAGACAGAAAAUACAGAGGGAGAACAAGAGACGUAUGUGACUGAUAUGAAGGCAGAAGAUAUAGAGGGAGAAGAAGAGAUGUAUGUGACUGAUAUGAAGGCAGAAGAUAUAGAGGGAGAAGAAGAGACGUAUGUGAGGGGUGAUCAGCAGUGUAAGGAGGAGGAAAUCCCUACAGAUAUCAGCACAGCACAUGGAAGCACAAGCGGGAAGACCUCGGAAGGAGAUCUCAUUUUGUCUUCAGAUUGUAAAACAGAAGAACGCUUUACACAAAAUUCUCCAGAAAAAGCCUGCGUUAACCUAACUGUACCUCCAGUGCUUCACAGUGCAGAUACAUCACCUGAUACAUCUAAUCCUGAGGACUGUUCUCUAUAUAAUCCAGAUAUCACUACACAUAGUACAGCUCAUACAGGUGCUGAAUGUUUUACACACAAAUCAGAUCUUGUUAUACAUCAGAGACGUCACACAGGUGAGAACCCAUUUGUAUGUUCCGAGUGUGGAAAAUGUUUUACAUGCAAAUCACAUCUUGUUAUACAUGAGAGACAUCACACAGGUGAGAAGCCAUUUCCAUGCUGUGAGUGUGGAAAAUGUUUUAUUCUCAAAUCACAUCUUAUUGUACAUCAGAGAAGUCACACAGGUGAGAAACCUUAUCAAUGCUCUGAGUGUGGGAAAUGGUUUGCACAUCAAUCCGUUCUUGUUAGACAUGAGAGAAGUCACACAGGUGAGAAGCCAUUUCCAUGCUCUGAGUGUGAGAAGUGUUUUCCAGAUAAAUCAGCUCUUGUUAGACAUCAGAAACGUCACACAGGUGAGAUGCUGUUUCCAUGUUCUGUUUGUGGGAAAUGUUUUGCAGAUAAAUCAGCUCUUGUUACACAUCAGAGACGUCACACAGGUGAGAAGCCAUUUGUAUGUUCAGAGUGUGGGAAAUGUUUUACACGGAAAUCAGCUCUUGUUUCACAUCGGAGAAGUCACACAGGUGAGAAGCCAUUUCCAUGCUCUGAGUGUGGGAAAUGUUUUAAAGAGAAAUCAGAUCUUGUUAUACAUGAGAGAAGUCACACUGGUGAGAAACCAUAUCCGUGCCCUGAGUGUUGGAAAUGUUUUACUUUCAAAUCACAACUUACGAUACAUGAGAGAAGUCACACAGGUGUGAAACCAUUUCCAUGCUCUGAGUGUGGGAAAUGUUUCACAAGGAAAUCAAAUGUUAUUCUACAUCAGAGAAGUCACACAGGUGAGAAACCAUUUCCAUGCUCUGUGUGUGGGAAAUGUUUUACUCUCAAUUCACAUCUUGUUACACAUCAGAAAACUCACACAGGUGAGAAACCUUAUCAAUGCUGUGAGUGUAGGAAAUGGUUUGCACAUAAAUCAGCUCUUGUUACACAUGAGAGAAGUCACACAGGUGAGAGGCCAUUUCCAUGCUCUGAGUGUGGGAAAUGUUUUACUAUUAAAUCACAUCUGGUUAGACAUGAGAGAAGACACACAGGUGUGGAACCAUUUUAAUUUUCAUGUUCUGAGUGGUAAAUGUUUGUCACAGCACUGUUCUCUUACAACAAAAUACAUUUCUAUAAGAUGAUGGACAUUCC